AGAAGUUACGUGAAUUGGCAUGGAGUGGUGUACCACCUUACAUGCGUCCGCAAGUUUGGAGACUUCUUCUGGGAUAUGCACCACCUAAUUCAGAUAGACGCCAGGGAGUUUUGUCAAGGAAACGACUGGAAUACCUUGACUCUGUUGCUCAGUUUUAUGACAUUCCUGAUACAGAACGUUCAGAUGAUGAAAUCACCAUGCUGCGCCAGAUUGCUGUUGAUUGCCCAAGAACUGUACCUGAUGUAACCUUCUUCCAGAAUGAACAAGUUCAGAAGUCAUUGGAGCGUAUUCUUUAUACAUGGGCUAUUCGUCAUCCAGCAAGUGGAUAUGUCCAAGGAAUCAACGAUCUUGUGACUCCAUUUUUAAUAGUAUUCUUGGAAGAGCAUCUUGAAGGAAAUAUGGAGAGUUGGAACAUUUCUCAACUUUCUCCGCAAACAAUCUCCAAUAUUGAAGCGGACUGUUAUUGGUGUCUUUCUAAGCUGCUUGAUGGCAUGCAGGACCAUUACACUUUUGCUCAGCCAGGAAUACAGCGUCUUGUCUUUAAAUUGAAAGAACUGGUUCGACGAAUUGACGAACCUGUUUCAAGACACAUGGAGGAACAAGGACUGGAAUUUCUUCAGUUUGCUUUUCGUUGGUUCAAUUGCCUCUUGAUACGAGAGAUCCCAUUUCAUCUCGUUACACGGCUGUGGGAUACAUACCUAGCUGAAGGAGAUUCAUUACCAGAGUUUCUUGUGUAUAUAUCUGCCAGUUUUCUGUUAACGUGGUCAGACAAGCUCCAAAAGCUUGAAUUCCAGGAGAUGGUCAUGUUCCUUCAACACCUCCCAACCCAGAUCUGGACCCAUCAUGAACUGGAGAUGGUUCUAUCUAGAGCCUUUAUGUGGCAUGCCAUGUUCAACAGUUCUCCAAGUCAUCUUGCAAACUAAACAAGAUACUAAUCUGCUGUGAAUUGGUGAUAAUAGCUCUCCAAGUCAUCUUCAAUCUGCAUUAUUAUCAGUAGUGUUUUCAGUAUAGUAGUGAAGGUUUUUAUUGCCCAACAUUCUAUAUGUGAGUUUCAUAUUCAUUUGCUCUUUUUGAGCUGAUUUCUUUUUCAUGGUUUGUGAAUGUUGAGAUGAUUCCAAAGAUGACUCUGUACUAAAUGUAUCAGUUAAUAGAAAACCACAUUCCAGGAAAUCAGAUUGAUGAAUUAAAUUAA